CACAAAAAUGGUUCGUCUACGUUUGUCGUCGCCGCCCCGGCACCCCGAAUUGAAGCGUGCUGAGCUUCCCCCUCACAAAACGGUAAUUGAAGAGUACACCGAAUUGAAGCCUGCUGAGCUUCCCCCUCAAAAAACGGUAAUUGAAACGUUCUCGUACACCACCGAAUCUAAGAAAAUACCCCCGACUGAAGAGGUGUUGCGGAAUAUCUUCAAAAAAUUCGACGCUAAUCGCGACGGCCGUCUCAGCAAGGAAGAGCUAACGGACGCUUUCCGAUACCUCGGCUCUAGGACGCCCGGCUGGAGAGCCGGCCGUGCCCUCCGACAUGUUGAUGCCAACGGAGACGGAUUCGUCAGCGAGGAGGAGCUGAGCGAGUUAGUGAAAUACGCUAAGAAAUAUGGAUAUUCCGUUUAGCAAAUAAUACUUAAUUAUAUAAUAGUAUAUAGUGUCAGCUGAUAUAUCAUGCUAAUUACUGCUCCUUUUGCGCAAGAUCGAGGAUGCAGUGCUUGUAUGUGUGCGUUAGUUUUGUUACAUAUAAAAGAGGAUGUUG